CACACCAGGACCCUCCAGAGGCUGUGAGAAACAUCCUGCACCCAGGUCCUCUCUAUCUGUUUAUCAUUGUCUAUUUUGUAUUCUGCAUUCAGAACCAAGAGCCUGAAGAUGACCCAGGAGCUUUAGCUAUGGCUGUCUUCAUUAUUUUGUCCCUGUUUAGUGUUCUGGUGACAGGCAUGGGUGAAGGUGGGGCUGGGAGUGAGAAAGGAGGUGAGAGGGAAUGUAAGCUGAACCAGCUUCCCCAUUGCCCCUCCAUAUCUCCCAGUGCCCAGCCUUGGACACACCCUGGCCAGAGCCAGCUGUUUGCAGACCUGAGCCGAGAGGAGCUGACGGCUGUGAUGCGCUUUCUGACCCAGCAGCUGGGGCCAGGGCUGGUGGAUGCAGCCCAGGCCCAGCCCUCGGACAACUGUGUCUUCUCAGUGGAGUUGCAGCUGCCUCCCAAGGCUGCAGCCCUGGCUCACUUGGACAGGGGGAGCCCCCCACCUGCCCGGGAGGCACUGGCCAUCGUCUUCUUUGGCAGGCAACCCCAGCCCAACGUGAGUGAGCUGGUGGUGGGGCCACUGCCUCACCCCUCCUACAUGCGGGACAUGACUGUGGAGCGUCAUGGAGGCCCCCUGCCCUAUCACCGACGCCCUGUGCUGUUCCAAGAGUACCUGGACAUAGACCAGAUGAUCUUCGACAGAGAGCUGCCCCAGGCUUCUGGGCUUCUCCAUCACUGUUGCUUCUACAAGCGCCGGGGACGGAACCUGGUGACAAUGACCACAGCUCCCCGUGGUCUGCAGUCAGGGGACCGGGCCACCUGGUUUGGCCUCUACUACAACAUCUCGGGCGCUGGGUUCUUCCCGCACCACGUGGGCUUGGAGCUGCUAGUGAACCACAAGGCCCUGGACCCUGCCCGCUGGACUAUCCAGAAGGUGUUCUAUCAAGGCCGCUACUACGACAGCCUGGCCCAGCUGGAGGCCCAGUUUGAGGCCGGCCUGGUGAAUGUGGUGCUGAUCCCAGACAAUGGCACAGGUGGGUCCUGGUCCCUGAAGUCCCCUGUGCCCCCGGGUCCAGCUCCCCCUCUACAGUUCUAUCCCCAAGGCCCCCGCUUCAGUGUCCAGGGAAGUCGAGUGGCCUCCUCACUGUGGACUUUCUCCUUUGGCCUCGGAGCAUUCAGUGGCCCAAGGAUCUUUGACGUUCGCUUCCAAGGGGAGAGGGUGGCCUAUGAAGUCAGUGUCCAGGCGGCCUUGGCCAUCUAUGGAGGCAAUUCUCCUUCUGCUCUACGAAGCCGGUACAUAGAUAGUGGCUUUGGCUUGGGCCACUUCUCCACGCCCCUGACCCAUGGGGUGGACUGCCCCUACCUGGCCACCUACGUGGACUGGCACUUCCUUUUUGAGUCCCAGGCCGCCAAGACAAUACGCGAUGCCUUUUGUACAUUUGAACAGAACCAGGGCCUCCCCCUGCAGCGACACCACUCAGAUUUCUACUCCCACUACUUUGGGGGCCUUGCGGAAACGGUGCUGGUCGUCAGAUCUGUGUCUACUAUGCUCAACUAUGACUAUGUGUGGGAUAUGGUCUUCCACCCUAAUGGGGCCAUAGAAAUCAGACUCCACACCACCGGCUACAUCAGCUCAGCAUUCCCCUUUGGUGCUGCCCAGAGGUAUGGAAACAAAGUUUCAGAGCACACCCUGGGCACGGUCCACACCCACAGUGCCCACUUCAAGGUGGACCUGGAUGUAGCAGGACUAGAGAACUGGGUCUGGGCCGAGGAUAUGGCCUUUGUCCCCAUGGCUGUGCCCUGGAGCCCUGAGCACCAGAUGCAGAGGAUGGAGGUGACCCAGAAGCUGCUGGAGACGGAGGAGCAAGCCACCUUCCCCAUGGGAGGCGCCACCCCUCGCUACCUGUACCUGGCCAGCAACCACAGCAACAAGUGGGGUCACCCCCGGGGCUACCGCAUCCAGGUGCGCAGCUUUUCUGGGGAGCCACUGCCCCAGAACAGCUCCGUGGAAAGAGGCUUCAGCUGGGGGAGGUACCAGCUGGCGGUAACCCAGCGGAAGGAGGAGGAACCUAGUAGCACCAGCAUCUACAAUUUGAAUGACCCUUGGACACCCACGGUGGACUUCACUGACUUCAUCAACAAUGAGACCAUUGCAGGGCAGGACUUGGUGGCCUGGGUGACAGCUGGUUUUCUGCAUAUCCCACAUGCAGAGGACAUUCCUAACACGGUGACUGUGGGGAACGGCGUGGGCUUCUUCCUCCGACCCUACAACUUCUUUGACGAAGACCCCUCCUUCUACUCUGCCGACUCCAUCUACUUCCGAGGGGACCAGGAUGCUGGGGCCUGCGAGGUCAACCCCCUGGCUUGCCUGCCCCAGGCUGCUGCCUGUGCCCCCGACCUCCCUGCCUUCUCCCACGGGGGCUUCUCUCACAACUAGGCGGUCCUGGGAUGGGGCAUGUGGCCAAGGGCUCCAGGGCCAGGGUGUGAGGGAUGGGGAGCAGCUGGGCACUGGGCCGGCAGCCUGGUUCCCUCUUUCCUGUGCCAGGA